GUAGGGAGACAGGGGGAUGACAGGGAGGGGUCUGUCGGGGGAAAGUCCUUCCCGCCUCUGGAAAAGAGAACUUCCGCUUUGGAAGGAGGGCAGCAGGCCCCCGGCUCCUGUUCCCAUUGCUGGUGGCCCCGCAGCAUCAGAGGACGAGGCUCCCCAGGGGGCAGCUGACCCAGUGUGGUGAUGAAGACCCUGUCGGGUGGCAUCCUGGCACUGCUGUCUCUGAUGGUCUUGGGGCAGUCUGAUAUCUCCCCAGUCCGGAGCAGCUGCACUGGGCCCGCGGCCAUCCCUGGUAUUCCAGGCAUCCCUGGUGCACCUGGCUCUGAUGGCCAACCUGGAACCCCAGGGAUAAAGGGAGAGAAAGGGCUUCCAGGUCUAGCUGGAGAUCAUGGUGAGUUUGGAGAGAAGGGGGACCCAGGGCUUCCUGGGAAUCCAGGAAAAGUUGGCCCCAAGGGCCCUGCUGGCCCAAAAGGUGCCCCAGGGCUCCCUGGAGCCCCUGGCCCUAAGGGUGAAUCAGGAGACUACAAGGCCACCCAGAAAGUUGCCUUCUCUGCCUUAAGAACUAUCAACACUCCCCUGCGACGGGACCAGCCCAUCCGCUUCGACAGCGUGGUCACCAACGUGAAUAAUAACUACGAGCCUCGCAAUGGCAAGUUCUCCUGCAAGGUGCCCGGUCUCUACUACUUCACCUAUCACGCCAGCUCUCGGGGGAACCUGUGCGUGAACCUAGUGCGGGGCCGGGAGCGCAUGCAGAAGGUUGUCACCUUCUGCGACUAUGCCUACAGUACCUUCCAGGUCACCACAGGUGGUGUGGUCCUCAAGCUGGACCAGGGAGAGAGUGUGUUCCUGCAGGCCACUGACAAGAACUCUCUGCUGGGGAUCGAGGGUGCCAACAGCAUCUUCUCGGGGUUCUUGCUCUUCCCAGAUGUGGAGGCAUGACGUGGGCGGCCGAGUCACACCCACCUUGCCCUUCCCAGCCAGCAACACUCACUUUGCCCCUAACACCACCCCCUGCCCAGCCAAAGCACACAGUAGAGCUCUGUGAAUGUUGCUGAAUGAAUGAGUCAAUAAACUUUUCAAGGCCAA